AUGUCGUUCGUCAACAGCGCUCUUGACUACAUCAUGGACUUCCGCAAGAAACCCCGUUACGUCCCCGCCAAACUCAACCGCGUAGACGCUGACAUGAGACUCGUCCAAUAUCAUGAAACCGGCAUAGGGCCCAAGCCACCCCCUCAAGAGACCAACUAUCUCCCCGUACGCACUCGUCUCGCACUGGCUAUCUUUUCCGAUAUGAACAUGGCACAAACCCACGCAUACUACGAGGAAAUCGAUAAUGUGCCCGCUGCUUCCGUUGAAAAGAAGAGCGAGUUCAAGGCCGGACACUGGCACGUUGUUCAUCCCGUAUCGUCCGUGGAGAUGCUCGAUUUCAGCACACGGGUACUGCAAGACCUGCUGAAGUGGAUCGAAGAGGAUUGCCCAAGCGAUAUGUUCAUCAGGAAGGCAGGGCAGGUGCUCGAGUUCAAGGUGGCGAGGAGUGAGACGCUAGAGAAUGCAAAGAAAGAGUUGGAAAAGCGUAAAGGGAGGGGGGAUGUCGGUGAAGAGGAGGGCUACACGGGGUCUUGGGAACAGGUUGGCGAGGACAAGCAAGCAGAUGAAACGCAGAUGGACGGGAAGACUAAGAUGGAGGGAAAGGGCAAGGAGAAGGCGCAGGGGUUGUCUCGUCACACGGCUGCAGCUUUGGCCGAGGCGGAACAGGCGGGUCGCAAUGCUGCAGAGGAGGCAAGGAUCAAAGACGAGUAUGAUUUUGCAUAG